CUGCGCCGUGAAGGCCCAGGGCCUGGGCCGGAAAGGGCAGAUCAGGGAGCCGCGGCCUGGCCGGAUAACCAGGAUGCAUCACGCCGGCCCGCAAGGCGGCCGGGGCCCUGACUCUCCGAGGCCACCAUGGUGCGCUGCUGCUGCUCGCUCCUGAGGAAGUAUGGAAACUUCAUGGACAAUCUAAGAAUCUUUGCAAAAGGAGGAGCUGGUGGAAUGGGUUAUCCUCGAUUAGGUGGAGAAGGAGGCAAAGGUGGUGAUGUCUGGAUUGUAGCCAAAAAAGGAAUGAACUUAAAAAAAAUUAAGGAUAAAUAUCCCCAGAAACGCUUUGUGGCAGGAGGAGGAGCAAACAGUCGAAUCAGUGCAUUAAAGGGAGAGAAAGGCCUGGAUUAUGAAAUAUCUGUGCCUGUGGGCAUUACAGUAACCGAUGAGCGAGGCCAAAUUAUAGGAGAACUCAACAAAGAGGAUGAUAGAAUUUUAAUAGCAAAAGGAGGACUUGGGGGUAAUUUGCUUUCAAAUUUCUUGCCAUCUAAGGGCCAAAAAAGAAUAAUUCACCUUGAUCUAAAGCUUAUAGCUGACAUAGGCCUUGUAGGAUUUCCAAAUGCUGGAAAAUCUUCUUUACUAAGUAAAGUUUCCCAUGCAAAACCCGAGAUUGCAGAUUAUGCAUUUACAACAUUAAAACCUCAGUUGGGAAAGAUUAUGUAUAAAGAUUUCAAACAGAUAUCUGUAGCUGAUCUUCCAGGUUUAAUAGAAGGAGCACAUAUGAACAAAGGAAUGGGACAUAAAUUCCUCAAGCACGUAGAAAGAACCAAACAGCUUCUUUUUGUUGUUGAUGUCUUUGGCUUUCAACUUUCUUCAAAAACCAAAUUCAGAUCUGCGUUUGAAACUGUAAUAUUGCUUACAAAGGAGCUGGAGCUAUACAAAGAAGACCUUAUGAUGAAACCAUCAGUACUUGCAGUUAAUAAAAUGGAUUUACCAGAUGCUAAAGAUAAAUUCAAUGAACUUGUGAACCAACUGCAUAAUCCUAAAGAUUUUUCACAUCUCUUUGAAAAAGAUGAAAUUCCAGGAAAAACUAUGGAGUUCCAGCAUAUCAUCCCAAUGUCUGCACAAACAGGAGAAGGAAUUGAAGAAUUGAAGAACUGUCUAAGACUAUCUAUAGAUGAACAAUCCAAUCAGGAAAAUGAAAAGUUCUCUAAAAAACAAUUGCUUAAUUUACAGAAUUCAAAAUUACCAUAUGUUGAUCCAUCAUCAUCGAAAUAUGCUAGAAUGGAAAUAACUGAAUGUCAUUAAAAUAUUAUUCAUGCUAUUAAAUUAGAUGACCUCAAAGAUUCUCUCCUGCUCAGUAUGUGAUCCUAUGAUAUUGAUUGUUUUUAUGAAAGUAUAUUUCCAAUUCUUUUGUUCUUUUGUCUUGUCAUCUUUAAGAACCUUGCUUUUUCUGGGGAGGUGGAGAGAAGUCAGCAGUUUGGAGUGACAAGAAAUAAAUUAAGCAUUUACUUCCUAAGGUAUUCAAGAAAUGAGAAGUAAUGAAAUAUGUGGUUAGAAACUGUUAAGGUGUCUGUUACAUGCCGCUAUUAGGCACUACCAGUGUCUUUCCAGCUUGUAAAAAUAUAUUUAAAAUAUUUUUUAAUAAAGAGUAUUCUUAGUGUUUUAAAUUUAUUGUUAGGGUCAUCAGAACAAUUCUUAACUUGGGGUCCGUGAACUUAGUUUUUAAAUAUUUUAUUAACUAGACUUCAGUAUAAUGUUUCCUUUGUUUUGUGUAUUUUAUGCAUUUAAAAACACCACUCUGAGAAGGGCUACAUAGGCUUUACCCGAUUGCCUAGGGGGCUCGGUGACACAAAGGUCAAGAAGUUCUGUUCUGGAGUGUUACGCAGUCAGCAUGCACUCCAUAAUUGAAUGUUGAUGUUCUUUAUCUUUGACAACCUUUAUAAAUCUGAAAUUGGACCUUUAAAUUCAUUAUUGCUAAAUUUAUGCAACAGUGGAAAAUACCAGAUGAAGUAGAUGAGAAUUUUCCUAAAACCUUUUUUCUGGAUUAAAUGAAAUAGGAAUAGAGAUUAUGGCAGGGAUUUCUGUACUAGAGGGAGCUGAACUGUUGAGAAAACUCCCUCUCUUAAUGCAAAUCACUGCCUGAUCUACUACUUGUAAUCUUUGAGAGGUAAUUUGAGAGAGAGAUCCAACUCUUAGCCAGCGGCCAGGGAUGAGGCAGGAGCCAGAUUACUGUGUAGUUAGGAAGUGUUAAAACAAAUAGACAUAAAAUACAACAUAGGUCAUGUUAAUAAUCAAUCAUGUUAAUUUUCUAAAUAGGUGGCCAGCAGGAAUAGAUCUCUUUCCUUUUGAAUUUGACAGCACUAGCCUAAGGCAUUGAGAGGUUAAGUUAUCUCUGGGUAAUUGAAAUCAGUAUGUCUCAGAGGCAACAUUUGAACCUGUUUCUUCCUCACUCAGACUGUCUAUUUGUUGCCUCUCCAAACAGCUGUAGGAAUAUAUUUUUGUUUAAUGGCAAUGUUACUUUUUGUUACAAAGGAAAUUUAUGUAUACUUGAUGACACUGAGCCGUUUCAGUCGUGUCUGACUCUGAUCCCACUUGGAGUUUUCUUGGCAAAGACACUGGAGUGGUUUGUAUAUUUAGGCCCCACUAAUUUCUUGGGCGAGGCUUAGCCUGCAUCAGCAUAUAUUAACUAAUUCUAUAAAGAAUUAGCCUUUAACUGAUUUGUUCAGAACACUGACAUACUAUUAACGGUCACCUUUUCCAUAUUUCUACUUAAAUGUUUCGAAAUCACUUUUCAAGGCUACAUUAUGAACGAAUGAAUGAAAAAACAGCACUUACCUUGUGCAAAGCACUGUGCUAAAUGCUGGGGAUACAAAUGAGAAAAGCAAGAGAGUUCCUGAUCAUAAAUACAAGCAGUAGAAGUAAAAUAUUCUAGAAACCUUUUAUAAAUGUGCUAGUAGAAGUAAAUUAUUCUGGAACUAAGGGCUCCUGUAGGAGCAGAAAGUCCAGGUGGUCACAUAUUGUGAAAUUUAAACCGAGAGAAUGCUAUAUAUAGGAAGAGCAUAGUUGUGAACAGCUGAGUUGUUCUGAGUACUGGAAAUACUCAGAUUGUCUGUAGAGGACCUACAGAGGAAGAUGCUAGUCGCCUCCAUAGAAAGAACUGAUGAAUAGAAGUUAUCAAAUGGCCUUCUCUAGUGUGGGGUGGAGAUGGGGAAAGGUACACAAUUAGGAAGUUAAAAUAUAAUAAAAAAAUUUUUCAAAAAAACAAAAGUUGAUUUCACACUUGAACUCGAUUUUGGGGAGUGUUCUACAAGAACUGAUUGUAUCAAUUCUACUUGGAAAUCAAGAAUAUUUGUUUAUAGAUAUUUAGAGUUAGAAGGGGCAUUAGAGACCACUCACUUCAAUCCUCUUACACAUGAGGAAACUAAAGUUCCUCAUAGAGAUUAAGUAAUUUGUCCAGGGUCACACAACUAGUAAAUGUCUGAGGCAGGAUUUGAACCUAGAGUUUUUUUGACUUCAUGUCGUGUCCUGAUAUUAAACCAGUGGUGUCAAACUCAAAAUAGAAACAGAAGCCACUAAUCCAUAUUGCAGCCAGGUGGCGCCAUAGUCCACAGAGCUCCAGGCCUGGAGUCCAGAAGACAUCUUCCUAAGUUCAAAUUUGGCCUCAGACGCUUAGUAGCUGUGACCUUGGGCAAGUCACUUUACCCUAUUUGCCUCAGUCUCCUCAUGUGUAAAAUGGGCCAGAGAAGGAAAUGGCAAACUACUCCAGUGUCCAAGAAACCUCUAUGAAAAAUGACUCAACUGAAUCUAUACACGUUGAUCCCUGUGGUCACAUGUUGACUUAGUUUUGAAAUAAAAUGCUACCUGUGUUGUA